AUGGCCAAGUUGUAUAUUGAAAAAGGUGUAUUUGAAAAUGCUUUCCUAUUCAGCGCCCUAACUUCUGAUGAUUUUUUGGAAUUCGUCCAAAAAACACCAUUAAAUUGUUUUAACCUUAAAACGUUUAUAACAUUCAUUAUUACAAAAUCAUCAUCACAUCUCAUACUGUCACCGGAUAAUACAUUAUAUUGGUUUAAGAGGGUUGUGUAUCAGAUAUUUUCAAAGAACAUUGCCAUUAAAAAUUACGAAAAUGCAGAAAGAGAAGUCAACGAUUUUAAGACCAAACAGGUAGAAAGCAAACACUUUGGUUUCUGGUAUCUGGUUGGAAAAUGGAACCUCAAAAAGAUAGUAAAAGAAGAAUUCGCUUUAUCACCACAUCAUCCAAUUAAUUUAAGAAAAAGAAUUCAAGAAUCCGAGAAUCGUUUACGGUUUGCCAAACAUGUCAAGUUUAAUAAAUUCAUUGAAGCAGUCAUAAGCUCUGAUUUGGAACAUUUGCCUGAAAAUGAGCCACUCCAAACAACUUUAUUUAUUCUUCCUGAUGAUGCUAAAAUUUGGGUUGAAAAUAGUUGGGAGUUCCUUACAGACGACUUAUCAUCACCAAAUCUAAAUAAAUUAAAUCGAAAUAUAUUCUUGAAGUACAAAGACAUCUCUAUAACUGAAAUUUCUGAAGAAUCUUGGUUGACAGAUACAAUUUAUCAAUUUCUAGAAGCUGUUGUGCGUGAUAUUCCUGGGCUGUCUGUUCACUUAAAUGAUGAAAAUCGUAAACCAAACAGAACUGUAAGAUUAAAACUUGAAGACAACCAGUUCGAAAUUCUAUACGUAGAAGGUGCAAACCCAGAAUUGAAAGGAAAAAAAUGUCAAGAAGACGCAGAAAAACUUCAGCAACUUAUUAAACUAAAUCUUGACGAACUUCUAAGGGAUUUUUAG